GUGGUGGCCGCCUCGCAUGAGGAUGACGACAUUCCCAACUGCGAGUUUGACUUGCCACCAUCCUCACAGCCUUACUUCAUUGUGCCAUCCGCAGCUAAAGGAGAGCUUGGCUCUUUCCGGAUCAUCAUCAAUGCCACUGAGGCGGUCGAGGUGGCGAGGAUCCCGGCCAAUUUCCGAGAGCCGCGGCAGUCGCACCAGAGCUUCAAGCUGAAAUGGCUGCAGGAGAGGCCUUACAAUAUCUUCAUGGGGGGUGGUCGCUCGAAACAAAAAGCACCGAUGCUCUCGUGGUAUCGGAACCCGCAGUUCCGGGUCUCGAUGAAGCCGCAGGAGGCUCCACUUGAGCAGAUCCCCCCGUCGUUGCGGGGGCGGACGCCCCCACCGAGGCUGUCGCGGCCCGAGACCCAAGAGCUCACCCUGCGGCCGAACACGGCGCCGGUGACGCCCACGUCGCUGGACCGGUUCCAGAAGGUCGACAAGGCACGGCUGAGAUCUGUCUUCGACAGCUGCGACACCCAGAGCAAUGGCUUGGUGAACAAGCGGGAGCUCAUUAAGGCCAUCCGCCGGGACGCGAAGCUCGCAGAGUUCUUCGGGCUGCCUAUGGAGAUCCGACAGGAGGACGGCUCGCGGGACGAAAUGGAGAAGCUCUUCCAGGCCAUGGACAGCGACUCCGAUCGCGAGAUCAGCUGGGAGGAGUUCGUGCAGUUCCACACCAGCGUCCAGAAGUCCAAGGAGGAUGCGGUGCAGGAAUUGGAGACACCUCCACCCUUGCUGGUCGUGAUCCUCACCCCGCACGUGCGUCCCAAGGCCGGUCCAGCUGCUAUUCACAUCAUCCGCAACACCGACAAUGGCGAGGAGGAUGGCUUGGUCACUGAGAACCCCACUUUCCAUGAGGUCUUAGCCUCAAGCGCUCAUGGCCGGGAGUACUCCACUGCCAGCGAGGUGGGAGCGGUCUUGAAGCUUCCAGAGGAUGGGAAAGACCUGGUGGUGGUGCCGAGCCUGAAAUCUACGGGGCACCAGGGGCGCUUUACGAUCUCCUUCAUGUCCACGCGGGAGCUACAGGUGGAACGCAUCCAAUGAGUUUCACCCUCGCCAAACGGCGAACCAAACGCUCGUUGUUUCGCUCCAUGGUAGGUCCGAGGUGCAUUCCUCGUGAACAUCGAUGACGACCUCUAGAGGUAGAGCCUCACCAUUGAGCCUCUCUAGAGCCUCUAGAUCUCCAAAUCUUCAACCAUGGAGGCAAAGUUUCACUUCGUUCGUUGGACACUGGUUGUCCUGUGUUUUGGUGCAGUCAUGCGCCUGUAGGACAUUGCUCCAGCCUCAGCUCAAUGUGGGCUUUUGCC